AGUAGCCAAACUGGUGCCGUCUGCUGUUCGAAGCAGGAAGGAAAUAACCAUUUCAUCGAUUUGUCUUCAUUUAUUUGUCGCUACUGCCGUCUGUCGUCUCGCACUGCAUUUUGCAAACUGUUAGUUCCGCUCAGUUAUCAAGACUAAAAUCAUGGUUGACAUCAAAGUCAAUUAUCUGAUGGAGAUUCAAGAGAAGUACGAGAAAGUUGAAGAACUGCUUUGUCAGAAAGAUCCAGAAACUGAACCCUACAGAUCUAAAUAUGCUGCCGCUGAAGUGCUCUCACAAAUAAAAACUGAUGUUAUCACUCUGAUAGACAGUUUUCAUGACAGCAAUGCAAGUGAAAUACUGUCAGGAAUGCUUGCUGCUGUUUGGCUGGGCCUAGGUGUCAUAUCUUAUGAGACAGAGACCUUGUCAGCAAGUGCAGAAGAGCUUAAAAAUGUUUUGGAUAUCACGAAAGAAAAGCCUCUGCACCCUCGGUUUGUCAUUCUGAGGAUUAAUGCGCUCAACCACUUAGGAGUGCUUUAUUCAAUGUUGGAGCAGCCUGAAAAAUCAAAACAAUACUUGGAAGAAGCUGAAAGUCUUUAUAAACAAUUCACAGAACAACAUGAUCCUCCGGAAGCUUUUCGUGUUCAGGACCUUUUCAAAGCUGAUAAAUCUGAUCUGACGUCUCCUCGUUCCAAAGCUGAGAGCGAUUUGGAAAAAAGUCAUACUCUGACACUUUAUUAUUUAGCUCAAAUAUAUGGCACAUUGAAAGAUGAACUUCGUUCUGCUGUCUACUGUCACAACACUCUGAAGAGGCAGCUUGAAAGCAAAGAUUAUGAUCCGAUUGAGUGGGCCUUGAAUGCUGCCACACUAUCUCAAUUCUUUAUGACACGUAAUGGUUUUAAACAAGCAAGGCACCACCUUGCUGCAUCUUCAUAUGUGCUGGAGAAAUAUUAUGAUGAGCAAAUAAAAUGCUUGGAAGGCUCUUCAGAGGAAGAAGAAGCAAAGAAAGAAAGAUAUAAGCACCGUAGUGCAGAUGUUGCUCGAUGCUGGGCCAAAUAUGGACUUCUACUUUUAGAAUCGUCAAAAGAAAGGCUUAUGGCUCGAGCUGAUGAAAAUGAUGACACAGAGAGCCCCACCACUGAUCUGACCAAGCAGCUAGCCCCUGAUCAAACAACAACAUCUCUAGAUGAUAUUAGUGGUCUUCUCUUCUCAACGUUAGAAAUACCGACUUAUGAAAAUCAGGUCUGCGAUAAGUUUGUGCUGGAUUACGAAGAUGCCCUUCCCGUGUUUCACUUCACCAAGCAGUGGCUAGAGGAUGCCAAAGAGUACUACACAUUGAAUGAGCAUGCAUCCGAUUUUGUGAGAAUCACACAGGAUAGCAGUGCUCUUUUCCAGGUCCUUGCGUUCUUUGAAGCUGAUGAGAAAAGACAAUGUCGAAUGCACAAGCGACGGGUGGACAUGCUAGAGCAAUUGCUUUCAUCACUGAACCACCAGUGCUACUUGGUGCUAUGUCGGCAAAUGUGGUAUGAGUUAGGGCAAACAUAUUUCGAAAUGCUUCAUCUUAAGUUAGGAAAAAUUAGAGAUGAAAAUCAUGAAAAAACUAUGCCCGAUCCUCAUGUGCUCAGCAAACUUAACUCAUUGACUCAAAAGAGCAUUGACAAUUUCGGAUAUUUUUUAUCGUCUGUGUACAGUGAUGGCUCUAGCAUCAAGGAUAUUAAGCUGGAACCAGAAUUUGUGCGGCCUGUUCUCAGCUGUCACUUUUUCAGGGGUCGGUUGUUUGCCCGGCUUAUUACAUGUGAUGGAGAACAAAAGGUAGAAAACAAUAGGAAAAGUCUAGCAAGCUUCAAGUUCAUCGUUGACUACUGUACCGUCAAUCCUGAGGCAGAAAAGCAAGUAGCUUUGGAAUUACCCGUCUGCAAGGAAAUGGUGGAACUUCUUCCACACAAAAUUAAACAACUUAUUCAUCAGGCAGCCCAGGUUAAUUAAUAAUCCAUAAUUUAUUUAUCAUUACAAUUAUUUAUCUUAACAAACUGUAACAUAAAUUAUCAGCCCGUAACUUGCUAAAAUAAAUUUCAGAUCUCAAUGUGA